AACGGAUUACCUGACACACCAUAUCACGCACAGCUCACAGCAACACAGCGCGGACACCAGCGUAAUUAAAUUAGCCAGAUUUAAGGUGUGCGUUGAGGUCCGUGUUUUGAAGGUUGCGUUUAGCAUGUUACGCUCGCCAUUUUCCAAUGCGAUGACCUCACAGAACGUCUUGUCUCUGACUGCAAGAGGGUGGGAGGUGUACUGAAGACUGAGAAACCAACAGCGGGGGAGAUAGAGAAAGAAAGAUGGGAAAAUCUACUUCCUGCUUCAAAUUAAUCACAUGCGGCGGGGAUGCGGCGGACGGCAACGACGAUUACCAAGUGUCCGAGAUCAAAGAUUCAAGUGACAAACGAGGUUGGAGUUUCCGAAAAAAAUCUGCAAGGCAUCGUGUGCUUAGCAAUGCUGUAAUUACAGACACCCCUUCCAGAGCAAAUAAGGAGAGUUCAGAAUGUACUAAUGUCAAUUUCCAACCAUCAACCGAAACUAUAAUUGCUGAGAAGAGCCAUACAACAAAUUGCCCUGAUGAGAAACCCCCAUUAUCAUCUGUGGCAAACUCACAAUUAUCUGAAACAGUUGUCACUGAAACUGAGAGUAAGGUGGAUGUGAAUCCACCGGAGCCUGUGGUUAUCACCAUCCAAGCUGCCAUCAGAGGGUUCAUGGCUCAGGGAGCUUUGCUAAAGCUUAGGAAUGUGGUGAAGUUGCAAGCUGCUGUUCGUGGGCAUUUGGUUAGAAGGCAUGCUGUAGGAACCCUGCGUUGUGUUCAAGCCAUAGUUAAAUUGCAACUCCUCGUGCGAGCUCGUCAUGCACAGCAGUUGCAUCAAGAUAAGCAUGGCAAAAUUAAUGGCUCAGAAAUUUUGGGUAAUGGAAAUCACGUGAGUGAGUCAAGUGUGAAGUCCACUUCCAUAGAGAAACUGCUGAGCAAUAGGUUUGCUCAUCAGCUGUUGAAAUCCACACCAAAAGACAAACCAAUCCAUGUCAAAUGCGAUCCUUCCAAAGCUGAUUCUGCUUGGAAAUGGUUGGAGAGAUGGAUGUCUGUUUCCUCAUUGGAUUCUGCAGAGUCUAAAAUAACAAGUUCAGUGGUGGAGCUAUCAGACAACAACGAAUCUAGCACUUCUGUGUUUCAAUUGGAAACCGGGCUUCAGUCUGAAGUUUUUUGUCAGUCAGAUGACUCAAAGAUUACUGCUGAGGACUCUGUUGUGCCUUCAGAGGUUGAAGAGAAGGUGACUACUUAUGAUACUGGAAACUUAAGCUUUGAAGCAACCCAUUCUAUGUCUCUUGCCAAAGAUGAUUUGGAGCAGGCUCAGCCUGAAAUGACAAUUACUUUUGAUGCUAAAGUAACCUCAGAAGACAUUGAUUCUCACCAAAAUAAAAUGGUGGCAUCAGAUGCAAAUUCUCCUCAGGAGCUUAGUUCUCUUCCUGAGAAACCUGAAAUUGACAGUGAACAGCCCGAAAGAUCUAUGAAAAGAUUUGCCUCUGAGCAACUAGAGACUGAAGGAACCAAACUUGGGUAUGCAUCAAGAAAGGCUAGCAAUCCAACUUUUAUUGCUGCACAGUCAAAAUUUGAAGAGCUGAGUACAAUGGCAAAUUCAAGUAAGUCAAGCAGUUUGUCCAAUAAAGAUGCAACAGUUGAAGCACAUGUGGACCCCAUUUCUGUUGGCACAGACAGUGCAUUUAGGUCAAAAGAGUUCUUGUUGGACAAUUCUGCUCGCCUUCCUUUCAGGAUUGGUGGCUCUGAAUGUGGUACUGAACUCUCUAUUUCUUCCACGCUUGAUUCGCCAGACAUAUCUGAGAUUGGGGCUACAGAAAAUGAACCUGAAGCCAAGGAUUUAUCAGAAGGGCUUUGUAAUUCUGACAAUGCGAUAAAUCAUGAGGAUGUGGCCAAUGUUUUUUGUACCACUCCAGCUUGUGACUUACCCAGAUCUGCACUGGAUCGGCCUGAGGCUGCGAAUGACAAAGAUGUCAGUAGCAAAUCAGUACAUUCAGCAGUAGUUGUUGAUUCCAAAGAGCCAGCUCUUGAGUCUGAGAAAAACAUAUCUGAUCUGCAAAGAGAACAGGUGGAGUCUGCUGUGCAAGAUCUCAGAACAUCUCCCGAAGCUUCACCCAGAAGCCAUGUGACUGUCCCUGAAUCUCAAGGAACACCUUCAAGUCAGGUGUCAGUGAAACCUAUAGAGAGAAAACCUGAGAAGACUGGAUCUGGAUCAACGAGUAGACAAAAGCUUCUAUCAGCUGGUAAAAAAUCACCUGCGAAUGCAACGCCUGAUUCAGGAUCUAGAGGUAGUAGGGAACAGCUGCCUAAAGAUCAGGGGAGUGGGAAGAGGCGCAAUUCAUUUGGCUCAGCAAAACCUGAUCACGUUAAUCAAGAAUCAAGAGAUAAUGGUAACAAUAGUUCCCUUCCUCAUUUCAUGCAAGCCACAGAAUCUGCCAGGGCCAAGAUCGAUGCUAAUAAUUCUCCACGAUCAAGUCCAGACUUUCAUGACCGUGAGGUGCAUGUUAAGAAGAGACACUCCUUGCCUGGUGCAAGUGCAACUGGUAGACAGGUUUCUCCACGCAUCCAGCGCUCAAUUUCUCAGGCACAGCAGGGUUCGAAAGGACAAGGUUUGCAUUCUCCUCGUGAGAGGAAGUGGCAGAGGUGAAUUGGCAGCUGAAGUGUGCUGACGUGCCUCUACAGUAGUAGACGUGAAAGACCAAUUUGGAGUUUCUGAUUUCACUUUGUUCAUUCUCUGAGGGAUAGCUGCUCAGUUUUAUUUGCCGGGAUUUUUUACACCCUUGAGGUUUUUUAACUUCUUCUGUAUUCUUUGCCUCCCCUCCCUGCUCCCCCCAAAUUUGAAGGUGGCCAGUUGGACUGAAGGAUUCGUCUGGGAACAUACAUAAAUACAAGUGAAGUGAGUGAGGCCUAUUCAGUUAUUUGUACAUUGUUGCUCGCAUUACUGCUUAGUUUUAUUUUUUCAUACCCAGUGAGUGGGAAUCGAUUUGUAAGUUUCUGGCUACAACUGUGUGUGAUAUAAGUUUGUUUGUUUUAAAUUGCUUUGCCUGCUCAGUCAUGGUGGGCGAUACCGAGUUUGUUGGAAUUAGUUGGAUGGAUUGACACGACCGA